GGGAAGGAUGUGUUUAGCCACCGGCUACCAAUGCGACUGUUUGACCCAUGGCAAUCCCUGUGAACCAUGCAGGAUGUCGGCCAAAGACAGGGAGACGGAGGAGGCCAGCCUGUCCAACAACAUCAAUGUGCCGAGUCAAGUGGAGGGCACGUGCGAGCCCGACCCGAACAUCCCUUCCGCUGGAGCCCUGAAGGACAGGGGCCGAAACUGGGGCUGGAUGCUGUCCGGGAUCAUUUGUGUGAACGUCUUGAUCCUGGGCUGCGCCCUGGUCAGCGGCAGUGCCAACAACAAUGUAAAGAUCGGCAGCGCUGACCUGCAGGUCUUCCUCAUCCUCCUCCUCCUCCUCACCUCCAUCUGGAUGGUUUACUAUCUCAUCUACACGGCCAGGAAAGACAAUGCUGUUGAUUACAAGGACGGCCAUGCUGGACCUGUAUGGCUCCGGGGAGGACUUGUGCUAUUUGGAUUGCUCAGCAUCGUCAUGGAUAUUUUCAAGAUAGCCAGCUAUGCGGGCUUCCUCCACUGCGAUUCUGCCGUUAAGGUUGCAUUUCCUGUGGUGCAACUUGUCUUCGUAAUUGUGCAGACAUACUUUUUGUGGAUGCACGCGAAGGCAUGUGUGCAGCUACAAAGGAACAUUACACGCUGCGGGCUGAUGCUCACCCUCUCCACAAAUCUAGUUGUGUGGAUGACUGCGGUCACCGAGGAGUCCCUACACCAAACAACAUAUCCCGAAUAUCCGAGCAACGACACCAAAAACUCAGGACGAAGCCUGUUCAUCAGCAAAGCGGGUUACGGAGACGAAACGUGCAAGUGCAGCCACACUUCAUGUAGCAUCUUCAAGGAGGCCUACUACUACUUGUACCCCUUCAAUAUUGAGUACAGUCUCUUUGCCUCAGCCAUGGCAUACAUCAUGUGGAAAAACGUGGGCAGAGUAACAGAAGAACACGAUCACCACAUCAAAUUCCGUAUGAAGGAUAUAUUUAUCGGUCCUGUGGCAGGAGUUCUCUUGGUGGCGUCGGGCCUGGCAACCUUCAUCGUGUAUGAGAUGGAAAUGGUUAACGGAGAUAUUGAUGACGACCGGAAGGAUAAAGCAGUGAUGAUGCACUUUAUCAUGAAUAUAGUGAUAGUGACCCUGAUGUCCGUCUCCACUGUGAUCGGCUGUGCCAUCUACAAGGUGGACCACAGGGAGCACGUAUCAGAGAAAAGCCCCACGCGGAGCCUGGAUGUGGGGCUGCUGGUCGGAGCCUCGCUGGGGCAGUUCAUCAUCAGCUACUUCACCAUCGUAGCGAUGGCUGCAACUGGAGCCAAAGGCUACCUGAACAGGCUCAACCUGGCCUGGGCGAUCCUGAUGGUGAUCCAACUCGGCCUGCAGAACUUUUUCAUUGUGGAAGGGCUACAUCGGGAGCCCUUCCACGAGGUGCACCAGAUCACUGUGGUUGCAAAUCCAUAUGUGCUGCAGCCGAGCAAAGACCUGAGCACCUUUGAAGGAUCAGACAUGGACACAAAGCCCAGUCCGGUACUCGCAGCACACAGCCCGCACGCACACAUGGCCGGGCACAAGCCCAAACUGUUGUGGAAGAGACGGAUUUUGAAGGAGGUCUGUGCCUUUCUGCUGCUGGGCAACGUCAUACUGUGGAUCAUGCCGGCAUUCGGUGCUCGUCCCCAAUUUGACCACGACACUGAAACGGAAUUCUAUAAAUUCAACAUGUGGGCUGCGAUUGUAAAUAUUGGACUUCCCUUUGGCAUUUUUUACCGCAUGCAUUCAGUCGCCAGUCUGUUUGAGGUUUUUCUGACCUCAUAACGCAUGCUGGAGCUCACGGCAGCCCACUGUUUUGACAAUAUAAAGCUGUUUUGUAUAAAUUGUAGUUUGUUUUGAUGUGUCUUUGUUAUUUCUCUCUACAUUUGUGAAGUGCACGUUUGUCAAACAAUGUUUCUCAUGAUGUUAAAGCUUGAAUAUGCAACAAUGUAAAUGUAUUCAAAAUAUCAUUGUCAGAAGUCAAACAAUAAUUGCGAUGUUAAUCUUUUGUGACAUCAAUUAUUAUCAUUAUUAGUAACACAUUAUUUGCAGUAUACAGCUGUAGUGAUCAACCCAAUUUUAUAAUUUUCUGACAUUUUGUAGAGCAAAUGAUUAAUUGAUUUAAUCGAGAAAAUAAUUGGUAGCUUAAUGGAUAAUGAAAAAAUGUGUUGUUUGCAGUCCUAAUUAUCAUCUUUUUGGGACUGAAUCUACUGUAUACUGUAUCUGAAAAGGGUUUUUUGGGGGUAAUAGAUGUUUUACCUUAUUGUUGAUUGGCCACUAUUUAAUUAAACAUAGAUUGUGGACAUCCUACUACGUUAUGUUGUUUGAAUCAAAAAUAAUCUAUGCAAUUUAAGUUUUGUAAGUUUGAACUGGUUGAAAUAAGUGCCACUUGGGUGUGAUUUUGUGCAAAAUACCAAAAACAAUAAAUCUAA